CUCUGUUAGUGCGGAUUGUUUGUUGUCAUCAACAAGAUGGAGUUUUUACUGGGAAACCCGUAUAGCACUCCGGCUGGGCAAUGCAUAGAAAAGGCUACAGAUGGCUCCCUUCAAAGUGAAGACUGGGCCCUUAAUAUGGAAGUCUGCGAUAUAAUUAAUGAGACAGAGGAAGGACCAAAGGAUGCAAUAAGAGCUCUGAGGAAGAGACUGAAUGGAAACAGAAAUUACAGAGAAGUGAUGCUUGGCCUAACAGUCCUGGAGACGUGUGUUAAAAAUUGCGGCCAUCGGUUUCAUGUUCUUGUAGCCAGUCGGGAUUUCAUUGAUGGAGUCCUGGUAAAAAUAAUCUCCCCCAAAAACAACCCUCCAGCUAUUGUGCAGGACAAAGUGCUUGCCUUGAUUCAGGCUUGGGCUGAUGCCUUCAGAAGUAGUCCAGACCUGACUGGAGUCGUCCAUAUUUAUGAGGAGCUGAAGAGGAAAGGGAUUGAGUUUCCCAUGGCAGACUUGGAUGCACUGUCUCCAAUACACACACCACAGAGGUUGUGCACUUCACAGAGUGAGCCGGAGGGGGAUCCUGCCACGAAUAUGCACAUUUCCCAGUCUCAACAGGGAAUAAACAGUGCCCCCUCCUUCACAUCUCCUCUGCCACCUGCAUACGCAGCAACACAGGUGCCCGCCCUGCAAGUGGCUGGACCUAUCAAUGCAAACUCAGAACAGAUCGCCAGACUGCGCAGUGAGCUGGAUAUCGUCCGUGGCAACACCAAGGUGAUGUCAGAAAUGCUGACAGAGAUGGUGCCAGGCCAGGAAGAACCUUCAGACCAUGAACUCCUACAGGAACUAAACCGAACGUGUCGAGCGAUGCAGCAGAGGAUUGUGGAACUCAUCUCACGAGUGUCCAAUGAGGAAGUGACAGAGGAGCUACUGCAUGUUAACGAUGACCUCAACAAUGUCUUCCUUAGAUAUGAGAGGUUUGAAAGAUAUAGAUCUGGACGAGCUGCCCAGAAUACUAAUAAUGGGCUGAGGCAGGUACUAAGUGAAGUUACAGAGGAUAACUUGAUAGAUCUGGGCCCAGGAUCCCCUGCUGUCGUCAGCCCAAUGUUAGGAAGCACUGCACUGGCUACACAGCUGGCUGGACUAGGCCUGGGUAAAGACAAUGUCAGCGGGACCCUGAGCUCACUGCCGAGUUGCAAUCCUCAAGAUGAUUUUGACAUGUUUGCUCAGACGAGAACCAGCUCUUUGGCUGAUCAGCGCAAAAACAUGAAGUAUGAAGAUCCCCAAGCACUGGUAGGACUGGCUUCUGCUCUUGAUGUCCGACAACAGAACUCGGAAGGGCUGAGACUUAAAGGUGGUAACCCAGACAUGGAGCCAAUAGACAGCUGGCUUAUUACCCAAGGAAUGAUUCCUGUUGCGCAGUCCUCUGUCAUGGAUGACAUUGAGGAGUGGCUCUGUACCGACGUGAAAGGAGAUGAAGCAGAGGAAGGAGUAACUAGUGAAGAAUUCGACAAGUUUUUAGAAGAGAGAGCCAAAGCAGCAGAGGUGAUCCCCAGCUUGCCAUCGCCCCCUGCUGAUGAACCCAUGCUGGCUGCCCCUACGACCAGCAGCAGCAGCAGCCGCAAGAAGGCAGAGCGCUCUGAGGAUACCCUCUUCGCUCUGUAAUCUGCCUCUUCAUCCCUCACAUUUCCCCUGUGUCCGGGGCAGAGCACAGCUGUACAGAAAUACCACUGCUGCUGUUGUCAUCGCAGCUAGCCAUUCUCCCCGUGCACACCUGCCUUCUCUCUCUCCUAACAUUUCCUUUUCAAGCAGUCUAACAUUGCUGUCAUAACUUUAAAUCAAUGUCUAGGUGUAAAAGAACAGAUUAAGAAGAAACCACUGACACCCUCUUUCCAGUCCACCUUUUUCUCAUUGUAAUUAACUCAGAAGAAUUACUGAUAACUUUUAACAUGGACAGUUUUUUUGAAAAUAUAUUAUUGUCCUGCAUGAAGUUGCUAUAUGCCCUUUAAGUAGUUAUAUUUAACUCGCAAUUUCUGUUCUAGAACUUAUUUCAUUCAACCAUAGAUGUUUUUGUUUGAAUUAAUAUUAUUUUAGAUUUUGGGAGAAAAAAUGUAUGUUGAAGUAGGUGAGAGUAAAGGAGAUUUAGCGGCAUUGGAUGGUUAUGUGUACGGUUUGUUGGUAUCUAAGUUGGAUUGCAAAGUUAUCCUUUACUUGGUUGAGCUUUUCGCAUAAAGAAAUGUUUGCAACUUCUCGUGGUUUCUAGGAAUAGACGAGCAGCGAAAUAGGUUAUUCUGUUUCUCUUUCUCAUUUCAAUUAGCUUUUGAAUAUUGCGCUAAUAACCAGUUGAUGAACCGUGCUGUAUGUCUAAUUGAAAAUAUAGCCAUAACAGAGUCGCUUCGGUACUUCAGAGCACUUUAAAAUCUGUUCAUAUUUAAUUUAACAACAAUUUUGCAGUGUCAUAUUACGCUUAACAUGCAAGGCUGGAAGCCUAAUUCUGUCCGCCGGAUGAUUUGCUCUUCCUACUGGGAGCUGCGUGUAAUUGUUUGGAUUCAAGUGGCCUUAAAUAUAGAAAAUCAGUAACCCAGUCUAAGUGGAUUUACAUUCAUCUAUUAAAAUGAGGCAAUUAAAUGGCAUUAAGGACUAGUUACAGGGGGUCCGGUUGCAGAUGAUUUUGUUUCUGGAUUUUGAUUUAAAUAUUUCUCUCCAUACUGUUGAUCAGAAUUUUUCUGAAACAUGAAGUAUACAGAAUUGGUUCACGGUGGGGUUUUUUGGGGGUUUUUUCCCAAUGAGAUGUUGGAAAUGCCUAUCCCAAAUUCUGUUUUCAAUAACAGAAUUUUAAGUGGAUUCUCCGAUUUGUAACAUAGUUGGUUAUUUAGAUGUAUUUGUAAGAAGGGGUUGUCGGUUUUAUCCCUGUUCAGGAUCACCUUGCCUGUGAUGUGAUUGAAUUGCUGUAGAUUUUUGUGGUACUCGUCUCCGUAUUUACUUGCUACCACUUUAAUACUGGCUGCAACCAAUGGGUUAAUAUUUAAUAAUUGUGUUUGUUGCAGAGUUUAUGAGAAAAGGAACACCUGGAAGAAAUUCUCAUGGUAUAUAAUGUAGCCAGUAGCUUUUCCAGCACCUGAUACAGUUUACACAGGAUAAGUCUGCUCUUAACAAAGACAAUUAUUCCAAUAAAGUUUCAACCCAGUUACAGAGGUACAUUUCCAGCAAUGGGAUCAUGUUUAGCUUGCAAACUGAUGCAUCCUUAUACUCCAUUAUUGAAGUGAGACGCCUGCAAAGUGAGACCGGCGUGUUCACAUUCCUUUUUGCACACUAUGCCCAGCUAUUCUAAGGCACUAACACACAUGUACUAAUACACAGUAUUAACUACCUUGCUAAUGCUUUACUAAUAAGCUUUAUAUUCUUUCUUUGAAAUAUCCUAACCCUCUGUACAGACACUCAGUGGAAAUUCUGACUGGGUCUAAAAAAUGACUACUCCAGGGGAACUGAAAUGAAAAAGGAUUGCAGUUUUGGGAUUAUGAACUUUGUUCAAAGGAUCUUUUAACCUUGUGUAGUUGUACAUAACUCUAACUGCAAAAUUGCUUGAUAAAAUGUUCUUUACUGAGUAAGUGCAGAGAUCAGCAUUUAAUCAUACAAAACACUACAAGUACUGUAUCCAUACUUCACACAAACAAACCAAGAUAAUUAUAGCCAUUGACAAGUACAAUACUGUGGAUUCCAUAUCCAGAAGUUGUGCUGCUUGGUGGCUAAGGCUAAUUUUCUUGGUUAUAUAUGAAAAUAAAUACCUUUUUUUAAAUCUUUUGAGUCUCUUAUCAAAUAAUAUUGGAUACUUUCUAAUAAGUACAUGUGGGUAGAACCUAAAUAGACAAUUUUAAAAUGAUCAAUUCCAGAUGCAGGAGACCCUAAUUCACCAUUGUUCUGGCUUGGUAUGUAAUUUGGUUUGUGGGAAAUUAUAGUUUUACUUUCAUCAAUCACAGACUCUGUGGGACAAUUCACAUUCAAACUAGGAUGACAAUUCCGUAGCUUGUUAUAGUAAGCCAUUUAAUUUACCAUUUAAAAAAAAAGAUUUAAACUGUGAAUAUCAUUUCAAAUCCUACGUAUUUUAACAUAUUGUAGGUCUAGAUGAGUAGCUAAUGCAUAUAUUUUAUUAAAAUGGGGUUGUUUCAUGUAAAGCUGUAAAUCUUUAGAGAUGAUUAACAGUCUGUGGUUUUGUUACCCUGCUGUCAUUUUGCUUGUGAAUGUCUGUGUUUUCUGUUGGAGCUACCUUAGGAAGUUCACAUUGAAUUUCAUAUCUUGUUUAUUCAACCCAAAUGUAAAGACUUGUUGUUAAAAUUCUUCAGCUAAGGUGGAUAGAUAUACAGAAGAGCUAAAAGAUUUGUCAGUGAGUAAUUUACAUGUUGUGUGCCCCAAACUAGACUCCCAAGUCAUUUUAAAUUUCCAGAUGUCACAGGGGUUUUAGCAAACUAAUACUAUUUGUUUUCCCAGAAAGUACCUUUUCCAUCUUCGGGAAACAUGUUGUUGAUAUAAAUAUGGCAUUUGUUGAAUAACUAAAGCAUGUUUGUAACAAAAUAUUUCUCCCAUUAACUAAAUGAGAUUACGUUAUUGUUUUAUCUAUCUUUUUGAUAACAAUAUUUUAAAAAAAUACAAUUUUGGUUUAUCUACAGUAAACGUGUAUUAUGGAACUUUUUUGUGUGCACCAGUUAUUUCAAAGGACACUUUCUCGCCAUUUUAACUUGGUUCAAUGUAAUUCCAUUUUUGGUAAGCAGUUAAGCUUUAAGCACUAAAGUUUAAGUAAUAUAGUAGCCUGCACUGAAACAGAGUGUGAGAAAGAUUGAUCUGAGCUAGGGUGGCCAAAGAAAUGCACAACAUAAUAUAAUUUUUUGGUCAAUGGAAAUAUGGAAAAUUAUAUAUAAACUAAAGCAAGCAUCAUUUGCAGACAUUUCUUGUAAACUGUACACAUCACAGACUAUAACUCAAGUUUUUUCUGGUCCAGUUGACUUCAGUCUGUAGCGCAUAUAAUUUAACAGCAACAUAUCUGUAAUGGAUUAACUCUUUGUAUAUUGGAUGUAAGGGUUUCAGAGCAGGGGCUUAUAUUUAUUGAGUUGUAAAGACUCUAGGAAAUGGUUUAAAGAGAAAGACUGGGUGUGUAAAGUCUUUUCCUUCAGUUCUGACCAUGCUUUCAGCUGGGACAAAGCCAGCAUCUGUGUGGGAGAAUGAUGCCUAUGUAUUUGUAAAAGCCUGUCUUUAAAAACGCUGUUACAGAUAUUAAGCUCUGUACUAUUGAACUCUUGCAUGUGUUAAAUUUCAAUAAAACCAGUGUGACCUAUA